UGGCUAUUUUCCGAAACAACAGCCUCGUCGCGGCAAAACCACAUGACCUUUUCCCUCUCCGACCGACCCCUACUUCCCUAGGGUUCGAAGCUUCUACAUGGCCACUUGGGCACCCGGGGGGCGCCUCGCCGGCGAGAUCUCGCGGCCCGCGGCCCGGGCCGCCGCGAAUGGACUCCCCUCUGGGAGACUGCGACGGGUAGCCGUUACGCGCCGCUGGCGGGGGCACGGCGUCCGGUGCUGCGCGAUUGGUAACUCCAGCUCCAGCGGCGGCGGCGGCGCCGUAGACCCCGGGGAGGAGUUUGUAGGGUUCUUUCGGGAGGCGUGGCCGUACAUCCGGGGGCACCGCGGGAGCACCUUCGUGGUCGUUAUCUCCAGCGAGGUGGUGUCCGGGCCACAUUUUGACCGUGUUCUUCAGGACAUCUCACUUCUUCAUGGUCUGGGGAUCAAAUUUGUUCUUGUCCCUGGAACACUUGUUCAAAUUGAUAAGCUUCUGUCAGAAAGAGGGAAGAAGGCGAAGUAUGUUGGUCAGUACAGAAUUACUGAUUCUGAUUCAUUAGAAGCUGCAAUGGAGGCAGCUGGCAGAAUACGAUUGACAAUAGAAGCAAAACUUUCUCCUGGUCCUCCAAUGUUAAAUCUCCGUAGACAUGGUGUUAUUGGACGUUGGCAUGGUCUUGUGGAUAACAUUGCAAGUGGCAACUUUCUCGGUGCUAAGAGAAGAGGGGUGGUUAAUGGUAUUGAUUAUGGAUUCACUGGUGAAGUUAAGAAAAUAGAUGUUUCACGGAUAAGAGAGAGGCUUGACAGUGAUAGCAUAGUUGUUGUCAGUAACAUGGGAUACUCGAGUUCAGGAGAAGUGUUAAAUUGCAACACCUAUGAGGUUGCUACUGCAUGUGCUCUAGCAAUGGCGGCAGAUAAACUUGUGUGCAUUGUAGAUGGUCAAAUAUUUGACGAGCAUGGACGAGUCAUUCAUUUCAUGUCUAUUGAGGAAGCUGAUUUGUUGAUUAGAAAACGUGCUAAGCAAAGUGAUAUUGCUGCAAAUUAUGUUAAGGUUGUGGAUGAGGAGAGUAUCAAUUCUCGACACAAGGGAGUCUAUGAACCAUCAAUGGGUGCCAGAACUCAUGUAAACGGAUAUACUGCUUCUUUUCAAAACGGUUUGGGUUUUAACAAUGGAAAUGGUAUUUAUUCUGGUGAGCAAGGAUUUGCUAUUGGUGGUGAAGAGCGGUUAAGUAGAUCAAAUGGCUAUCUUUCUGAGUUGGCCGCAGCAGCAUAUGUGUGUCAUGGUGGUGUUCAAAGAGUUCAUAUCAUAGAUGGAACUGUAGAUGGAUCACUGCUAUUAGAAUUGUUUACAAGAGAUGGUGCAGGAACAAUGAUAGCUAGGGAUGUUUAUGAAGGAACAAGGAUGGCUACAGCCGAAGAUCUUCUUGGCAUAAGAAAAAUUAUUCGGCCACUGGAGGAUUCUGGUGUUCUGGUGCGGAGAACGGAUACAGAGCUUCUUGAAGCAUUGAACUCGUUUUAUGUUGUUGAAAGAGACGGUUCAAUCAUCGCUUGUGCUGCUCUGUUUCCGUUUCCUGAGGACAAAUCUGGUGAAGUUGCUGCAAUUGCUGUAUCUGAAGAAUGCCGAGGAAGAGGUCAGGGGGACAAGUUACUUGAUUAUGUCGAGAAGGUGGCGUUAUCUCUUGGUCUUGAGAAAUUAUUCUUGCUUACUACGCGGACUGCAGACUGGUUUGUGCGGCGUGGUUUCUCUGAGUGCUCUAUUGAGUCUAUUCCUGAGCAGAGGAGAAAACGUAUCAAUUUGUCCCGUGGAUCCAAGUAUUACAUAAAGCAGCUCCAGCCAAAGCAUGCUGGUGUUACAACGAACAACUUUGUCAUCAGAUGACACAAUAUUCAUGAGACUUAGUGCAACUUGAGAUGUCAGCAAUGAUUAUAUCAAUUUUGCUCCUUGCCAAAAGCACAAUUUCAGACAGAAACAGAAUAACUUUUACUGAGUGAAUUUGAGCGAUAAUUAUUUCACAUUUGCAUGUGUGAUUGAAAUCUGUUUUCACCAUAGAAAUGAGGCAGAUAACAAAUAGCUGAUUGAAUUCUAUGUGUACCUUAUUAACAAGCAAAUAAUAUUGCCAAAUAGAGGUUAUGCAGUUACCUUUUUUGGCUUUUUUGUAAAAGAACUAGUUAAACCACGGGCUCUAUCAAAUAGCUGUCAAAGUACUCUCGAAAAGACA